AUGCAACAUGCCACUGGUUUAUUUAAGAAAAUUGGUAGACUUAAUAAUCCUGAAGAAAUAAAAAGAUGGAGAGAAGAAAGGAAAAAGAAAUAUCCCACUAAAGAAAAUGUAGAAAAAAAACAAGCUCAAAUGAAGGAAAGAAUAAAACGAGGUGAAAAGAUGGGUAUGACUAGAGAAAGGAAUAUGAAGAAUAUCAAUAAAGAUAUGCAAAAGAAAGGAAAACUUCAUUUAUCUAAUCGAAAAAAUAUAGGAACACUAAAUAAUAGAAAAAGAACAUUACCACAAUUGCAUAAAAAAACACCACUGGCAAAGAAAAUAUGUAAAAUUAUUCCUCCUAUGGAAGAAAACAGAAAGCUCAAACCAUUCAUGGGUAUUCAGGAUUUAUUAAAUGAAGACAAUAUUGAAGAAGAUUUACAAGACAUUGAAAGUAAUGAUUUAAUAGAAGAUGAAGAACAAAACAUUCCCGUUGAAAAAGGUAAUCAAUCAGAACCAACACUUUGUGGAGCUCUCACAUCCUUAAUAUGCAAUUACGGAUCAUCAGAUGAAGAUGAUCCUGAGGAAAAAACAGAUAAAACGUGUGAAAAAACAGACAAAAUAUCGGAUGAAAAUAAAAGAAAAGUAGAAGAAAAAGAUAAUACAUUAAAACCUAAUAAUGGUGUUUUCAAAAUAUUUGUUAAACCAAUUGAACAGUUAAUUGAUAAGAAUAAAAUACCUCAGGACAAUGUGACAGACACUAGUAAAACAGAUCAUAAUGAAAGCGAAGAUGACAGUGGACCUGAAGAAUCCAGAAUAAUUAAAGAAAAUGUUUCAGCAAAUGAGUUACAAAUAUCCAAUAAUAAGACUAGAAAAGAAAGAUCAGGCUUGGCAAACAAACAAAGACUAACAAGGAACUCAGUAAAAUUAAGAAAAAAAUUACCUUCCACACUUUUAGAAAAAUUGUUACAUAAAGAAAUUCAGCAUGAGAGAAACAUAAUUUUACAAUGUGUAAGAUAUGUUAUAGAAAAGAAAUAUUUCAAUGAAGAUUCA